AUGUCUGGCUCCUACGAUGAAUGUGCAGGUGCUGACGACACCAUGGACAGCUUCUGGGAGGUGGGGAACUACAAACGUGCUGUCAAGAGAUUUGACGACGGCCAUCGGCUUUGCAAUGAUCUUAUGGGCUGCCUGCAGGAACGUGCCAAGAUAGAGAAAGCCUACGGGGAUCAGCUAACUGCCUGGUCCAAGAGAUGGAGACAACUCAUUGAGAAAGGUCCACAGUACGGCUCCGUGGAGAGAGCCUGGUUGGCCGUGAUGACCGAGGCAGAUAAAGUGAGUGAGCUGCACCAAGACGUGAAGAACAACCUGCUGAACGAAGACGUGGAGAAAGUGAAGAACUGGCAGAAGGAGGCAUAUCAUAAGCAAAUGAUUGGAGGCUUCAAGGAGGCCAAAGAGGCAGAGGAGGGCUUUAAGAAGGCUCAGAAACCAUGGGCCAAAAAGCUUAAGGAGAUGGAGACGGCUAAGAAGGCGUACCACAUGGCCUGCAAGGAGGAGAAACUGGCUGCAACCCGAGAGGCCAACGGCAAGACUGAGGCUUCUGUUACGCCAGAUCAGCAGAAGAAACUCCACGAGAAAUGGGACAAAUGCAAACAGGAUGUGCAGAAGGCUAAAGAAAAGUAUGAGAAGUCUCUGGAGGAGCUGAACAAGUGCACUCCACAGUACAUGGAGAGCAUGGAGCAGGUGUUUGACCAGUGCCAGCAGCACGAAGUCAAGAGGCUGACCUUCCUCAAGGAAGCCUUGCUGGACAUCAAGCGCCAUCUUAACCUCACUGAGAACCAAAGCUAUGCCACAAUAUACAGAGAACUGGAGCGCACGAUCCUGGCUGCAAACACACAAGAGGACCUGAAGUGGUUCAGCAACAACCACGGCCCAGGGAUGCAUAUGAACUGGCCUGCCUUCGAGGAGUACAACCCAGACCAGGCCGCUGCUCCUCCAAAGAAGAAGAAGCCAGAUGGAGCCCCACCCACUCCGAGCACCGACCAUGUGGCUCCACCUGGUGACCGUAGCAGUGUGAGCAGCUAUGAUAAGAACCAAGCCUAUUCGACUGAGUGGUCCGAUGAUGAGCAACCCACUGCGUACUCCGGCAAUGAGAACGGUGGCAAUGGGAAUUCGUUCGAAGACGAUUCCAGCACUGGAAAAGGGGUCCGCGUGCGAGCUCUCUAUGACUACGAGGGCCAGGAACAGGAUGAACUCACCUUCAAAGCAGGUGAUGAACUGACCAAGACUGAGGACGAAGACGAGCAGGGCUGGUGUAGAGGUCGUUUGGACAACGGCCGAGAGGGACUGUACCCAGCCAAUUACGUCGAGCCAAUCUAGUCACGUUACUGGACAAGGACAUGCCAUUGGAGGCAGCUUGAACUGUCCCGUCCAAUUGCACCGCACAUAGCCAGAGACUUAAGAGCAACACAUCCCUUGCCCAACAGAUGCGCCAAGCAGUCUUGCCUAAAUAAAACUUAGUAACCUAAAAGACAAUAUAUCAGUAUAAUAUAUUUUAUCCAGCAUUUGGGGUGGGUGGACUUACACAUUUAAAAACAGGAGCAGCAGUUAUUCAAGUAUAUACACACUCAACUAUAACAUCAAGACAGUGCAGGAACACAUUGCUUCUCUGUGUAGCUGUAUUUAACAUAUAAUGCAGCUUAUUUAAACUUGCAGUAUACUGCAGUCUGUUCUCUUGUGAAAAUGGGAAGAUAAUAUAAUCAGUUAUACCCAUUCGACAAAGAUGAGCUUCUCUAACCUGCAUUGUGUAUAUACGGUGUGAUGCCAUUUUGUGUAGCAUUUUUAAUGCUGUGUUUGGUCAGUCGU